AUUAAGAAAGAAAGACAACCCAGAGUCAGAUUCUCCAGCCUCAGCUCUCUCUAGAACCGUCGUCUCUCUUCCUUCCCAUCAAGUCUAGCACAUUCUCGCUCACAUGGCUCCUGAAAUCAUCUCCGCUUCGGGAAAACCGUCCAGAUUUUUGAAACCGGCUAGUCUUCCGGACAGAGCAUACGUGGCCUUCUUGGCCGGUAACGGGGACUACGUGAAAGGUGUUGUUGGGUUAGCCAAGGGGCUGCGGAAGGUGAAAUCCGCUUACCCGCUUGUGGUGGCGGUGUUACCGGACGUGCCGGUGGAGCACCGCCGAGAACUGGAAUCCCAGGGGUGCAUCGUCAGAGAGAUUGAGCCGGUUUACCCACCCGAGAACCAGACCCAGUUCGCCAUGGCCUAUUACGUUAUCAAUUAUUCAAAGCUCCGUAUCUGGGAGUUCGUGGAGUACAGUAAGAUGAUAUACUUGGAUGGGGAUAUUCAAGUCUACGAUAACAUUGACCACCUCUUUGAGCUACCAGACGGACAUUUCUAUGCAGUGAUGGACUGUUUCUGUGAGAAAACAUGGAGUCACACGCCACAGUACAAGAUUGGAUACUGCCAACAGUGUCCGGAAAAGGUUCAGUGGCCGGCGGAGCUGGGUCAGCCGCCUUCACUUUACUUCAACGCAGGCAUGUUUGUGUUUGAGCCCAGCCUCUCCACCUAUGAAGAUCUCUUGGAAACCCUCAGGAUCACCCCUGCAACCCCUUUUGCAGAGCAGGAUUUCUUGAAUAUGUACUUCAGGGAUGUAUAUAAGCCUAUUCCUCUGGUCUACAAUCUUGUCCUUGCCAUGCUGUGGCGGCAUCCUGAGAAUGUAGAGCUUGAUAAAGUGAAAGUUGUUCACUACUGUGCAGCGGGGUCGAAGCCAUGGAGGUACACAGGGAAGGAGGACAACAUGCAGAGAGAGGACAUUAAGAUGCUGGUAAACAAAUGGUGGGAGAUAUACAAUGACAAGUCAUUGGAUUACAAGAAGACGAGGAUGAUGGCGAAUGAUUACAGCAGCGUUUUGCCGGGGGAGCAGGUGAAUUUGGAGCCGUUCAUUGCAGCUCUGUCCGAGGUGGGGCAUGUUGAAUUUGUGAGAGCCCCUUCAGCAGCCUAGAAGAGGCCAGUACUCUCGUGGAGAAGAGGAUCCAAGGGGCAUGCAAUUAGAUGACCGGUGAAUUCGCAUUUUCGAGAUGAAAAUGUUGGUUAUUUUUGUGGUUUGGGGGUUUGUCACGGUUACUGAAUCUGUACGUUGUUCACUUGUAAUAUCCUUAAUGAUUGCCCACUAUAAGGCAAAUUACUUCCAGUCAUAAAUAAAAUCUCAAAGACACUCUGUUUUAUCUGCGGUUUAA